AUGAGUUUAUAUGUUAUAAGAUGUGCAGUCAGUGGAGCCCCAGCGUCCAGUCGCGAAAGUAACAAGAGCAGCAAAAGUAUGAACCAGGGGAGGAAACAAAACGAAGAUGAUGGAACUCCUAGGAUGCGCCGGCCCGCUCAGAACAGAACCGUUCGGUGGAGGAGCAGUACGGUGAAUCGUGAAAUGCUGAUGCAAUCCAUGCUCGAGGACAAGAGAGCAAAAUGCAAGAAAGCCCCGAUGGUAUCACAAGGAGAAACAGAGAAGCCAAAUGACCCAACCCAGCAGCCCACAAUCGUCACCAACACCGAGAAACCAACCCGUAUCGCUACUGUAGCGGGGAGAUAUCACAGUUCAGCGAUUGGAGCAGUGGCCGUCGCAGCAGCAUUCUUGGCCGUCUCGUACAUCACUCCUAGAGUCUGGGUACCGGUCUCCCGGAAUACGGAGCUGAUUGAUGGAAGGCUUGCAGAGAUAAACGGACGCUCGCCGGCCCAGUAG